AUGAUGGUGAAAGAUGUUGCUGAGGUUCGUACAAAGGAUUCUACGGAGGAAUCGACAGUCGGUAGUUUUGGCCAGUCACAGAGCGAUGCGAAUUCUGAUCAAGUUACUAAGGAGGGAAAAGUAGAAUUUGAAGAAACGGCUAAGAAUUUGAUUGAACCAAAGCUGAAAACAGCAGGUGAACAAACACCUGGUGCAACGACGGCGGGUUUUUCUGAGGAAGGAGCGAAAUCAGGGCAAACCAGUGAAGGCGCCUUUGUUCAGCCACAUUCCGAGGAAACUGUUGCUACUGAUCCUGGUGAUGUGGCGAAAUCUGACUUAUUAACGGAUAGGUCAAUGCCGGAAUCCCUAGGCAAGGCUCACACACCAGCCAAAGGCACCCCCGUCUCAGAAGAGGACGACCGGUCAUCGGACAACGACGAGGUAAUCGAAUCCGCAAGGGAUGCAGCGCAGCCAGCUGUAGACAAAUUGCGAGUUUCCGUUGACAAUAUUGCUGCAAAGUAUACCAGCGAACGGAUGCGCCGAAAAGUUCUCGCCCAGUCUCAAACUAUUGAAAAUGCGAUUCGUGAUCAAUUGAAGGAGGAGGUGGAAGAAGCCAAUGACAGGGUGGCUUUCGAGGUGCACGGCUGCAUCAUUCGCGUUUUUUCUUUGGCUACAGCAGUACCUCGCUCACCAACAGUUAUGCCUCUGGGUCCCAUUUGCUUGUGCACGAUUGUUGUGGCUGGUUCAAACGCUCCUUCAGUAUAUGAAAGCAAGGGAGAAGUGCCGUACGCGGUGGUAUAG